UGGGCCCAGGUGGUGACGUGGAGAGUUCGGAGUGGGGUCGGGGGAGAGAAGAGAAGCUAAUGCUUGGAUCUUUGAUUCACGGUGGCCACAGUUCUGGCACCUGUGAUGUGUCUGCUACAAAAAAACAGCUCUCAACAAAGGGAGGGGGGGAGAGAGAGAGAGAGAGAGAGACAGAGACAGAGACGUAUGCUUGUAGCUUCCUCUGCUGCUACUCCUUCAUUCUAGAGACCCCAACAGUUUAGAGAGAGAUCUAAUGGAGUACGAGAGGAUACACAAAGUGCAGACUGGUAUAAUAUCUCCAAGUAAGCUGAGGAUGAAGCUAAUGGGACCUCACCAUAAUAGAAAGAAGGAUGGAUCAAACAGUAAUUCUUCAAGAACAUCUCCUUCAAGGAUCGACGAUACCGAAUUUGUCAAGAAUAGCUUAUUAGCCUCCAAUGAUGAGGAAGAACUAUUGUCUCCAGUUGCAGCUUCCAGCUUAGAAGUUGCAUCUGUGACUGCACCAGGUGACACAGUGGUUGACCUCAGCCAAGUUCAUCAUACAUCUUGCCAGCCAAAGGAGACAUUGCCAAAGGAAAAUGGCAAUGCGGGUCAUGUUAGAAUGCAGCAAUUUUCAAAGGGUGAAAGUGGUAAUUCGAUUGCAGUUCAUCCAAUGAGAUCAUUUGAAGAUGAGAAUCUUGAUUAUGAUAGUAAUGCUAGUUCUUCUAGUUUUGAGUUUCAUAAAGAAAGAUCAGUACAUAAUCAAUUUACAAGAUCAUUUUCAAGGCCAAUGCCAUCUAAGUGGAAUGAUGCGGAGAAAUGGAUAAUGAAUAAGCAAAAUGUGCAGCCUAAUUCUAAGAAAAAUGCUUUAUACAAUCAAGCUAAUCGGGUGCUUGGAACUAAGACAGUGAGAGUUGCUCCAGAAUCAGCAAAUCAUGAUCUUAAGUUAUUGAUUAGCAGGUUAGCAGACACUAAACGCAUAGAUUUCUGUCAGUCUGCUUCACAAGUGGCAUUUGAGAAGUUCUCUUUUAUUCCCCCUGGAACUCCUUCUGUUUCUGGUCAAGCACAUGAGGGUAAUUUGCUGAUUGAUCAGUGUACUCAAACCAAAGACUUGCAGGAAGUGGAUCAAAGAGAAAUAUAUAAUACAAAUAGUUUAGCAGAAGAAACAACAGUUCUUCCUGUCAUAAGAUCAGUCUGCAUGAGAGACAUGGGAACAGAAAUGACCCCUGUUACAAGUCAAGAGCCUUCGAGGACUGCUACUCCUGUGGGGGCAACAACUCCUCUCCGCAGCCCAACUUCUUCGAUCCCAUCUACUCCCUGGAGAGGGGAACCAACACCUAUGGAACAUGGCACUGAUGAUGAUACACAAAACACCCCUGAAAAUGGCAAAAAAGAGUUAACUGAGCAAGAAAUUAAACUAAAGACAAGGAGGGAGAUUGUGGCCCUAGGUGUCCAGCUAGGCAAGAUGAAUAUCGCAGCAUGGGCAAGUAAAGAAGAUCGGGAAAAGAAUACAUCUGCAGUUGAGACUACUGAUGUUGAGGAGCUUGAGAGGAUUGAAUUUGAAAGACGUGCAGCUGCAUGGGAAGAAGCUGAAAAUUCUAAACACACAGCAAGAUAUAAACGUGAAGAAAUCAAAAUUCAAGCAUGGGAAAGUCAGCAGAAAGCAAAACUAGAAGCAGAGAUCCGGAAAAUAGAGAAAUCCAUAAAUUUUCAGGCCCAAGUAGACAAAAUGCGAGCCCAAGCUCAAGCAAAGAUGGUAAAGAAGAUCUCCAUGGCAAGGCAACGGUCAGAAGAAAAACACGCUGCAGCAGAAGCCAGGAAAAACAGGGAUGGAGAAAAAACUGCAGCCCAAGCAGAGUCUAUACGUCAGACAGGACGAAUGCCAUCAUCCCAUUACAUGUGCUGUGGUUGGUUGUCAUAAAACUGAAAACAUCAAAUAUUCAAGUGGAAAGAAUUUGCUCAUACUCAUUGAGCCAAAGUGGCAUCUCUUGUACUUCGUUUUUUCCUUUCAAAAUUCAUUCGAGUGUUGUCCACUUGUCCUGUAUGUUGCUCAGUCUUUGUAUCUAAUGGAGUGACCUUAGUUUGCAAGUUA